AGAACAUAUUUUACUGAAUUGUUUGUUCUUUUGGUUUAUUCAUGUUAAAUAGGUAAAAUACUGUAUGUAGAUCUUCAUUUUUACUUUUGCUCCACAAAUGUAGGGAAUGGAUUUAUACAUUACAUAUGCCUAUUGCUGAGGAGUCUCCCUAAAAUUCAUAUGUUGAAAUCCAUCCUCCAAGGUUCAGAGAUGGGGCAUUUGGGGAAGUGAUUAAGUCGUGCCCUCACAGUGGGAUUAAUGCUUUAUAAAAGAGGUUGAAGGGAGCUGUAUUGCCUCUUCUACCACAUGAGGAUGCAGCUACAAAAUGUGUCUAUGCAUUCAUCUAUGAAUGACCCCUUAUCAGUCACCAAAUCUGCCAGCACCUCGAUCUUACACCUCCCAAUCUCCAGAACUGUGAGCAAUAUAUUUCUAUUAUUUAUAAAUUACCUAUCGUAAGGUAUUUUAUUAUAGUAGCAAGAAUAGACUAAGACAGACAUCAGUACCAAGAAGUAGAGCAUUAUCAGAACAAAUACCUAAAAAUGUAUAAGUAGCUUUGGAACAAAGUAAUGGGUAAAGGCUGGAAUAGUUUGAGGUACAAUGCCAUGAAAGGGACUUUACAGGUGAUUCUGGUGAAGGCUCAGCAAAGAAGAGAGCUAUAGGGAUUGCUUCAAUCUUAGAAAUUACCUGAGAACUCAUAGUUAGAGCGUAAUUGGAAAUAUGGAUGAUAAAAAUCAUUCUGAUGAGGUUUCACAUGGAAAUGAGGAAUAUUGUUAUUGGAAACUAGAAGAAAGGCAAUCCAUGUUUUAAAAUGGCAAAGAACUUGGCUGAAUUGUGUUCAACUUAUAAGUGAUGAAAAUAGAUAUUUGAUAGAAGAAAUCUCUAAGCAAAGUGCUAAGGGUGUGGCAUUGUUUUUCUUGACUGCCUACAGUAAAAUGUGAGAGGAGAUAAAUAAAUGGAAGGUAGAAUUUAUAAUUGGAAGAGAAGCAAAACUUAAAGAUUUGGAAAAUCCUCAAUGUGGCUGUGUUCUAAAGCCUGAAAAAGCAGCCCAGGAGAAAACACCAGGCUGUGGUAAGUAAUUGUUUGACAAGGAGAUAUGAUUGAGUCAAUUUUUUUUUUUGCUGCUGUGAUAAAAGGAUGGAACCAGAACAACUGUUAGAGGAGAAAAGGUUUAUUUAGGGGCUCACAGUUUCAGAGGUCUCAAUCCAUAGGCAGCAGGCUCAAUUCCUCAGGGCUCGAAGUGAGACAGAACAUCACAGUAAAAGAGUGUGGCAGAGGGAACCAGCUCAUAUGAUAAUCAGGAAGCAGAAAGAGACUCUACUCUCCAAAUACAAAAUAUAUACGCCAUAAUCAUGCCCCCAAUGAACCACUUCUUCCAUCCACACCCCACCUGCCUCCAGUUACCACUCAGUUAAUCCCAUAAAGGAUUAAUUUACUGAUUAAGUUAAGGCUAUAACCCAAUCAUUUCUCCUCCAAACCUUCUUGCGUUUUCUCACACGUGGCUUUGGGGGUCAUCUCACAUCCAAACCAUAAGAGUAUAGUUAUGCAGACACCAGGUGCUAUCUACCCUGACAAUGGAUUAAUGCUGUCCCUCUCAUCACAGGUCCAGAAUGCUAAGGCCUAGGGACAGAAGAUGUCAAAAGAGGGCCCUCAGGUAUUCCUGGAACCUUGGUGCCAGGACAUCUCAAGUCUCCCAUUUCCUCUAUUCUGGUGCAGUGCUCCUCAGCAAUCAGGUGUGGUUUAAGUGGGCUAAGGUUUGAGUUGGUCACCCCUCUGGUAAGCACAGAUGAUAAACAUUGUUGAUGCCCAUGAAGUACCACCUUCAUCAAGGUGCCGAGUACAUGAGCUUUGACAGCAUGGUUACCUGCACCUGGAUUUCAAAGGAUGCCCCAGAGAACCUCAGCCCAGGCAGAGAACUGCCACAGGGGCAGAAUUAUCACAGACAGCUCUCAGGUCAAUGUCCAGUGGAGCUAUAAGGGUGAGAGCUACCAUACAGAGUGAUGCCUAGCAGAGCUGUGGGGACAGGGCUCACCUCUAUGACUGUAGACCGGUAAGCCAUCGAGAAGCAGUUCCAGUCUGGGAGAGCCACAGUCGAAAGACCCAGUAUUGUAGAGCUGCUCUGUGGGUUUCUCUCAGCAAAGCCAUGAGGGCAGUGUGUGUGGAAUGUGGAACAAUGAGGCAAGAUUAUCCUGGAGCUGUAAGAUUUAAUGUUUGCCCUAUUAUAUUUGGGGUUUAGUUGGAACCUAUUAUCUCUUCUUUCUUACUUCCUUUUGGAAAGGAAAUCCCUGCCCUGUGCCUGUUCUACCAUUAUAUUGGAAACACAUAACUAGUUUGACUUCAGAGUCCCAAUGAUGAAGGGGCAUUUGCUUCAGGAUGAAUCAUACUUUUAAGUCUUAUAUCUAUCCAAUUUAGAUGAGACUUUAGAUUUUGAGUUGGUGCUGGAACUUUUGAGUUAGCUUUGGGGAUACAGGAAUGGAAUGAAUGUAUUUUGCAUGUGAGGACACAAAUUUGGAGAAGUCAAGGGAAAAAUUCUAUGAUAUGAAAGUGGGCAUCCCCUUAAAAUUCAUAUGUUGAAGCCUGACCCCCAGGAUGAUGAUACUGAGGGGUAAAGCCUCUAAAGGGAAUGAUGGGAUUAGUGCCUUAUAAGAGGAUAAAGGGAGCUGCUUUGCUCUUCCACCACGUGGUAGCAAUAUGAUGCCAUUUAUUAAACACACAGCAAGUUCUUAUCAGACAUCAAAUGAAGAAAGAAAAGCAUCAAGCUGCUGAAGAGAAUAGAAUUUCUUUUCCCUGAUUAGUAAUUUUAUCUGUCACAGGUGAACUUUUGUUCUCUUUUAAUCUUUGUUUCCUGCCUUCUCGUGUUGCUUGGUAGUUCUUAACUAUCCUUCCUCCUAACAAGUCACAUUCUCCCAGUAUUAUAGACUUGAUCCCCUGCAUCUUGGGAAUCUGCAGGUCUGGCACCAGCUGAACUCCCUUGUUUUUAUAUUCAGCUUGUAAUAAGGCUGCUUCCAUGUUGUUGAGGGUUUCUUUCCCAAUCACUUCAAUGUUAAUCCUGUGCGAGGCAGUCAGAUUCUUGUUGCUUGUCCUCUGCUGAUUUGGAUCCUUUGUUGUGUUGAUACCCUUCCAUGGGCAGAGUCCCGCCUGGUGGUGCAAAGAAGUGGGAAAUUUUAGAAAAUCUAUUCUAUUGGAUGUUGAACAGUCUCCUGUCUUCAUAAAAAUUCAGUUUGGCUUUUGUGUUUUCUUAUUCAUACUCUCAGAAAUUUCGUUCUAUUUUUUCUUUUACAUGUCUCACUCAUUCUUUCAUUCAUCAAAUAUUUAAUGACCACUAAAUGCAAGGUGCUAUUCUGGAAUGCAGAAAUACAGACGUGAACAAGGUAUAAUUUUUGCCCUUGAGGCAGUUAUAAUCUAUAGUAGUUUGGUCCAACAGCACAUUCUCUGAUGGUAGAAGUCGUCUAUAUACAUAUUGCCCAAUAUGCUUGCUAUACAUAGCUACUGGACAUUUAAAAUGUGGUUAGUAUAAGUGAGGAACCAAGUUUUAAAUUUUAUUUAUUUUUAAUUAAUUGAAUUUAGCCACAUGUAGCUAGUGGCUAUUGGAUGGAGCAUAAAAGGGAGAGACAAAUAAAGAAGAUUUUUACAAUAUUAUAUGUUACAUUUUAAAUAAAAUGGUUGGUUUUACCAUUAAAUAGAUUUGGGGUUAGUUAGAAAGACCGAGGUAUUAAUCUCUACCUAUGUAAACUAGUUGGAAUCCUAUUGAGAAGAAGGCCACAGAAAUAGAAUACAAGAAAAGUAGGAAAAUGUCACAUAGAUGAAGCAUGGUGAGAGGAGGCAAGGAGAAGAAUUGAGGGCCUUGGAUGUUGGAAACUUGCAUAAAUCAUUGGAAAUAUUAAUUGAUGUGUCUUCAUCCCCCACUUCCCACCCUUACAUUUUGACAUUUCCAUUUUUCUUUGUUGUUGUUCUUCCACCCAAAGGAGGCCAGUCAAUGUCCUUUGCCUCAGAAGAAGUUGGCAAGUCAAAAAGAGAAAAACGAAAGCAUCUUUUCCCAGCCUUUGAGUUACAGAAAAUCUAAUGGCCAAUAUGCAUUCCACAAGUCACAAAUAAGUGUGGAUUAUUUGGUUAACACCUUAUUGUUAGUGGGGUUGUUUUUUUUUUUUUUUUUCAAAUUGAGGUCUUGCUGUGUUGCUUAAGCUCUCCUUGAACUUCUGGACUCAAACAAUCCUCCUGCCUCAGCCUCCUCAGUAGCUUCAACUACAGGUACGUAACCACACCCUGCAGUGCUAUUUUUUUUUUAAUGCAAUUCAUUUGAAUGCCUUUAGACUGGGAAGGUACUCUUUAGUUCAUACUAGUCCUGUAUUUCAUUCGUCCCUGGAAGCUAGAGAUGUAGAGAUUUACUUUACAAGUCUGGCCCCUAUAGGUAUGUGAAUUUGGUGUACCUUAUAAAGCAGGUUUAGAAGAAGGCAUAAUGAUGCAUGAGCAGGGUUUCCUAGCACCAAGUCUUUCAGCAUUGUAGAAGAGAAGUUGCAGGAAAAUUACUUGGACUUUGGGGAAAACAAGGUACCCUGCUUUAAAUUUUGUUGUUACAUCUGUCACCCAGAGGAAUGAGGACUUAAGACAGAAGUUAUUUUGAAUCUAGAAAAACAGAAAAAAUUACAUUUUGUGCACACAUGGAUUUGUGGACUAUAAUUUAAUUUCUCUUUUCCAUUAUUUAUCCUGUCAAACUAUAAGUAUCAGGAUGCAACUGAGUGGUAGUACUUAAAAAUUCAUUUUUAAGAAUGCAAAUAUUCCUUUUUCAAUUAUAUUAAUAGAAUUUAUUUAGUUCCUUAUUUCCCAGAGCUUAAAUAAAAUUCAUGUGAAGUAAUUCAAAAAGGAAAGACAAAAUUUUCAACCUACUAUAUUCUUCUCCAUGGAUACAAUGCUCACUAAUCAAGGGUGACCCCCAUCUUGGAUGCAAAACUAAGAAUGGGCUCUAUCAAUUGAACAUGGUGCUUUAGCAUAAUGCCUUAAGGGGAUGAUGCUGAAGAGUGGUUAUGGUAAGCAAUUUAAAUUAACCAUGAAAACAAAUUUAUAUUGAAUCAAUACAUUAUACAGAAGUUUUGAGGCAAAGAAUAAUAGCCAAAAGAAUGUGAAUGAAUUAUGGGUUCCUAAUGAUCUCAUGUUUUUGGGGAAAAGGAAACAGCAGAUAUUGAGGCUUAUAGGAGGGAUUUCAGAAUGGAAAAUACCUACAAAGCACUGAAAUGUUGCUAAGGAUUCAAGAUUUUUUUUUUUUAAUAUUAUAUCUUACAUCUUCCUAACAUGAAUGAAAGACCAAGAAGUUUGAAUUAAUGCCACCUUCUCUUAAGAACUUCCACAAUAUUGAAGUAAAAUAUUCAUAAUAUUCUAUUUAUUCAAAAUUAUUCCAAUGACCAAGAGUUUAUGUUUAUGUAAAAUUGUUAGUAAUACUGUUGUUGAUAGGGGAUCGGGUGGAAGGAGUGUUUCCUUUGCAGAAAAUCACUUUUUUAAGGUUCAUAAAGGCAUUUUUCCCCCUUGACCAUCUCCUACUUCCAGUGACCCACUUUCUACAGUAGAAAAUUAGAAGUCAAGGCUCCUGUUUCUAUUCCUGCCCUAUCAGAGUCAGUUGAUUUUCUGUAGAAGUUUUUCUGCUUGUAAAUCUAAACCUCAAAGCCUUUAGUUUGCAUUUCACCUAAAAUAAAAUCAAUGACCCUUUGGAGAAUCAAGCUUUAAUGAGGGGUCACCUAUUACUAUAAUUUCUUUGAAGAUAUUGUUGAAAAAUGGUGCCCACAUGUGUUUAAGUAUGAUAGGCGAAAUUUCCCUUUUGGAAAGACCUCACUUUUUCUUUUCUUCUAAGGAACAGAUAACUUUUCCUUUGAGAGCAAUUAGAACAACAGAAGGAUGACUGCCCUUUUUCCUUUAACUAUCCAUCCUUUAGUGCCAAACUUACAGUCCACCAAAUGGUCUUCUUUUCAUGUUCCAAGUUUUCUUUGAUCUGUGUCUGUGAUUCUAGUUCAUAUGUCCCCAGGUUCUACUUUAUGUUUAUUUUACUCUUCAUCUGUUAUCUGUAAGCAAGUUUAAAUCCUUUGUGAAAUGACAUAUAGAGGGAGGGAGGUAGAACAGAGGGAAAAUGAAAGGCAGAAAAUAAAAGGAGGAAAGAACUAAAAUUUUCUUUAUAAUGGAGUAGAGUUUGAAAUGACUGAUCAAAUAUAUAUUGAAGUCUCUUUUACCAAAUACAACAUUGGCAUUUAUCACUCUACUGGAAAGGCAUAAAAGCAGAGAAAAGCAUGUGAAGUUUUAUUUCCCUUAAAAAGAACAUAUAAUGGAAAUUCUGCAAAAAGCUGGAAAUCUAGCAGUAGCAGGUGUGGAUUACAGACUAAAGAAACUACUACUGCCAUCGUAAUAGGUGGUCUGUUUAUGUAACUACCCCAGACGGGCAUGGGGCUGGAAAGCUUGAGUGUUUUCCUGUUUUCGCUUUUCUAAGCUCUUUAACAGAAAUUACCCUCCCCUGCUCACAUCCUAACAAAGACCUUGUGAAACAGGUCACAUGAACAGAUGUUAUUUCAACUGAUGAAUUAAAGCUCAAUUUACUCAAAACCACAAAAUUAAGAUUUACUGGCAUUACAAUAAAUAAGGCAGAAGGUGGUAGUGUCAGAUCUAGCUUGAAUUUCCAGUUCUAGCAACUACUUAUGAGUUUCAGAGCAUGUUACUUAACCUGCAUCUUCAUUUGUAAAAUUAGAAUAAAACAAUGUUUCCCUCUCCCUCUUCCUAAAGUUCUGUGUAUUUUGCACCACAUCUCUAGAAGUUUAACUUUGUCAGACCUGACAUCAGCCUCGAGUUGGCCUUUCCUUGGAACUUACAUCUCCAGCUUGGUCUUCUUUACCACUGCAGGGCAAGAAACUCCACUUGGCCUCCACUUGCCUGCUGCCCAUGUUCCAGCUAACAGCCACUCCGCAAAAUGGCCUUGCAGAUGAGCCAGUGCACAUCCAAGUGACAGGCUUUCCCCCAUCCCAGAUGGUGACCCUCAAGGCCUCCCUGAAGGAUGAGAAGGGGAAUCUGUUGUCCAAAGCCUUCUAUAGGGCUAAUGAAGCUGGAGAGGUAGCCAUGGAGCGAGAUCCUGCAUUAGGGGGUGAUUAUAUAGGGAUCCAUGCGAUGGGCCUCUUCUGGUCUCUGAAGCCUGAAAAGGCUUUCCGGAGGCUGCUCAAGAGGGAUGUGAUAAAUGAUCCCUUUAGGAUCACUCUGUACCUAUAUGACUCUGUUUGCUUGCAAGAUUCAACCACAGCUCAGCCCAGGGCCAGCCAGAUGGUGCAGCACUGGUUCUUGGGCCCUGGGGUGCAGCGGAAGCAGAUCAGAGAAGGUCGUGUGAGAGGAGCCCUUUUUCUCCCUCCAGGGGAAGGCCCUUUCCCAGGAAUCAUUGAUUUGUUUGGGAACAUUGGGGGUCUAGUUGAAUUUUGGGCCAGUCUUUUGGCUACCCAUGGCUUCGAAAUAUUGGCACUGGCAUAUUUUGCCUAUGAAGACCUGCCUAAGAAACUGCUGGAGUUGGACUUGGAAUAUUUUGAAGAAGCUGCCAACUUUCUACUAGCUCAUCCCAAGAUCCAAAGGCCAGGAAUUGGCGUGAUCUCCGUGUCCAAAGGUGCAGAGGUUGGGUUGGCCAUGGCCUGCUAUCUGAAGCAGGUGGUGGCCACCGUCUGCAUCAGUGGGUCCAACACUGUUUUGGAUAUCCUGCUCAGAUACAGGGAUCUUCUUGUAAUGCCCUUGCACUUCCAUAGGGAGCGUAUCCAGACCCAUGUCUCUGGGGCUGUGCGCUUCUGGAAUGGGAACAGAGACCCCCGGAAUGAGCUGAACCAGCAGAGUGUGCUUCCUGUGGAAAAGGUCCAAGGUUGCAUCCUCUUCAUUGUAGGAGAGAAUGAUGAAUGCGUGGAUAGCCGAGCAUAUGCGGAACAGGCCAUGGAGCAGCUGAAGAGCCAGGGCAGAAGCAGUGGAAAGAUGCUGGUGUACCCUGGGGUGGGCCAUCUCAUAGAGCCGCCCUAUGCUCCAUUGUGCUUUGCAUCCUGGAGUCCAGGGCUCCCCUGUCCUGUGCUCUGGGGAGGAAAUCCUGUUGCCCAUGCUGCAGCCCAGGAGCAUUCCUGGGGAGAGAUACAGAAAUUCUUCAGGCAACACUUCAGAGGGACCAGAAGCAAACUCUAAGUAAAAGCUCCAGUG